AUGGCCGACUACCAAAUGACAGGAAAUACUAACAUGGAUUUAAUGUGCGAGGUUCAUGAUGGUUGUGAGUUGUUACCACUCUACUGUAUGGACUGUGAUUGUCCGCUUUGCAGCUACUGCAUCACUCGUAAUCACGUGGGACAUACAUUCCAAAACGUGUCCGAGGUAGUCGAAACUCAACUUCGCCAACUGGAAGAAUCUCUUGGCAACGAACACUCGGUUUUACGUUUACUGGAAUUACUUUCCGAUUCAGAAAUAAGACAGAAACAACUCACAGAACACAGAGAAAACCUUCUCCGAAGUGUUGUGGACAGGGAGGAGGAAAUAAUCGAGAAAGUGAAACUAUGGAGAGAGAAAAUGACAGAGAAGAUUAUUUCUCUUACAGACAACGAGGAGAAAACGCUCCAAAAAGAUACAACUCUUGCCUCUGCAUUAUUGAAAUGUAAAGAGAGAGAUUUGGACAUAGAUCGUGAGAGUAUCAAAAUUAUCAUUUUGAACUGUGGAUUAAGGAACCUUCUAAAUAAAGACACCAGUGUUCGUUGUUUUGAUUUCCAGAUAGGAGUGGCAAACGAUGAUUUGCUCAGUUUAUUUGGAGAAUUAAUCGAUGAAACAGAAGAAUUGUCGUCGGAUAUCGUUCGGUGUGAAGAAGACGAAGAGGAAGAAGACGAAAAAGAAGAGGAAGAAGAAUUUCAUGACUCCGUGGAUUUAAAGGUGCUAAUGAAAUUCACAUUUGGCUCAGAUUCAAUUGAUGACAUCGUACCUUUACAAAUUUCCAAAACUAUUAUAUUGAGCCCACGAUUUGUGGCAUUAGUUCAUGGCAAGGGGGAUACUAGUACUUUCACGACAACUAAAACUUACAAUGGAUCUGUUGGAACAAGUCCUUCGUCUGCGUUUAUUUCAAAAGACAUAGCAAUUGACAACCGAGGUAAUAUCCUGGUGGCUGUCCCUGACGACAACGCCAUUCACCUUCUGGACAAGUCAUUGACCUUCCAGAAGCUUCUGAUGACGGAGGAGGAUGGUCUUCACAGACCGACAUCAGUGGCACUGGACAGUGAGGAAUUCCUGUAUGUGGGAUAUCUGGCGGUUGAUUCGGAACAAGGGGACGAGUGGAUAUUUGUUGCUGCUGCAAAAAACACGUUUGUUCAAAUGGGCUCACGAUCAGUGAAGUUGAUCCAUGGCUAUGAAAAUGCAUGUUCAUUUACUACAAGUAAAAGCUACAACGGAUCCGUAGGAACAAGCCCUUCGUUUGCGUUUAUUCCAAAAGACAUAGCAAUUGACCACCGAGGUAAUAUCCUGGUUGCUGUCCCUGACGACAACGCCAUUCAUCUCCUGGACCCAACCUUGACCUUCCAGAAACUUCUGAUGACGGAAGAGGAUGGUCUCCACAGACCAACAUCAGUGGCACUGGACAGUGAGGGAUACUUGUACGUGGGAUAUACUAAAACCUAUCAUGGAUCCUUGGGAACAAGUCCAUCGUCUGGGUUUCGUCCAACAGACAUUGCAGUAGAUCGCUGUGGAAAUAUCCUGGUGUCUGUUCCUAACGAUAACGCAAUUCACCUUCUGGACAAGACCUUGACCUUCAAGAAGCUUCUGAUGACAGAAGAGGAUGGUCUCCACAGACCGACAGCUGUGGCACUGGACGCAGAGGGAUACCUGUGUGUGGGGUGCGAGAAUGGUCAGAUACAUGUUGUUAAUUAUCAGUGUCUCCUUAACACGAACAGACUGAGACGGCUGAAGUUUCCAAAGAUCAGCUCUAACGACAGUAGCUUGAACUUUCCCGGACAUUUCUGUCAGAAAACAUUUGAUGAGAUUUUGAAAAAUUAUGAUGCUUAA